AUGGUAAAAGAAACUUAUUUAUAUGAUCUACUAUCAAUUCAAACAAAUUCAACAAUUGAAGAAAUUUCAAGAAGUUAUAAAAAAAAAGCAUUAAAAUGUCAUCCAGAUAAAACAAAUCAUAAUCCUCAAUUAACUGAAAAAUUUAAAGAAAUUUCAAGAGCUUAUGAAAUUUUAAAAGAUGAAAAACAAAGAUAUAUUUAUGAUAAUUUUGGAGAAGAAGGAUUAGAAAGUUUAAUUAUUGAAAGUGAUAAUAAUCUGAAUAAUCUGAAUAGUCAGAGUAACUACAACCAUAAUAAGGAUAGAAAUAAACAAUCUUUCAAUCAAUUUAAUUUUAAUAAUCCAAAUUCUCAAUUUCAACAAUUUUUUACAUCAUCAACAAAAUCAGAUAGAAGAAAUCAAAAUUUUCAACAACCACCACCACAAUCUUCUCGUCCUCAAUUUCAAAAUACUUUCGGAUCAUCAAAUGAUAUUUUUUCACAAGUUUUUCAAGAUAUAAAUCUGAUGUUUACAAAUUCAAAUUCAUUUUUUUCUUCAACAUCAAAUGCAUUUGAUGUAUUUGAUAAUGGUUUUCAAUCACCAAGAGAUCCUUUUAAUCAAUUUCCUCAAUUUUCUCAGUCUCAAACGCAAUCUACAACACAAUCUACGACACAAUCACAAUCACCACAAGAAAUGAAAAAAAUUAUAAAACCAUAUGGAGAAUCAUUACAAAAUCAAUAUAUAAAAGGAGAUGAUAUAAAUCAUAUAUGUGAUGUUACAUUAGAAGAUUUAUUUUAUGGUAAAAUAAUAAAAUUAUCAUUACCUAAAAAUGUUAAAUGUAAUAAUUGUAAAGGGUAUGGAUAUUUAAAUCCAAAAACUUGUAAACAAUGUCUUGGGUCAGGACAAAUUUUAAUAAUACAAUAUAAUCAAUUUAGUUCAUAUAAGCAAACUUCUAUAUGUAAUUUAUGUGAAGGAAAUGGUAUAAAAUUUAAGCUCAUAGAUAAAUGUAUAAAUUGUAAUGGAGAAGGAUAUAUAGAAUCCACAAAAAUUAUAAAAAUUCAAAUACCACCCGGAACUCAAAAUGGCCAUAAAAUAAUAUUAAAAAAUGAAUCAGAUGAAGGUAGAAAUUUAAUACCAGGAGAUUUAAUUAUAAAAAUAAAUUUAAAAAAUCAUAAGUACUUGUUGCGAAAGGAAAAUGAUUUAUUUAUGAAUUAUGAAAUUGAUUUAAAAACUUCUUUAUUUGGUGGAAUUAUUUUAAUACCAAAUUUUUUAAAAAUGGGACAAUUUUUAAAAAUUCAUAUUAAUUCAAAAGGUCAAAAUUUUAUAAAUAAAUUUAGUAAUUCGAAUCAGAAUCAAAAUUCAAAUCAAAAUCAAAAUCAGAUUCAUAAUCAUGACUCAAAUCAAAAUCACAAUCAUUCAAGAAACAAUUCAAAAUCUUCAAUAACAGUUAAUGAACAAAAUCAAAAUCAAAAUCAAACUAACAACAACAAUAAUAAUCAUAAUUGUGAAAUCAUUGGAACAAUACAAAAUAAUGAAUUAAAAAUGAUAAAAAAUUUAGGUAUGCCAAUAACAAACCUAUUUAAUGAAAAUGGAGAACUUUAUCAAGAUUCAGAAUUAAACAAUACCACUAAUAAUGCUAGCCAAUUAAAUAUAUCAAAUUUAAAACGUGGUAAUCUAUAUAUAAAAUUUCAAAUUAAAUUACCUUCAAUAUCAGAUUUUAAUCAGAAUGAAUUAUUAAAUCUUUAUAAUAUUUUACCAAAUAAUUUAUCAACUAAUUUAAAUUAUAUUCCAAGUCCAACUGAAAGAAUUAUUGAAAAAAAUUUAGAAUCGGUGGAUUUAGAUAAUGAUAUAAAUUUUGAAUUUGGUGAAACAGCGGGAGGAAUAGUUAGAGGUUCAGAAAUAAUAAAUGAAAAUGAAAUGGAUAUUGAAACUGAACUUGAAACAGAUAUAGGAAAACAAAAUUUACAAAGUAAAGGUGAAUCUGAACUGAAUCCAAUUGUGUUAAAUUCUUUAAAUGAAUCAUCAUCUUCAACUAAUGCUACAAUUAAUCAAACAACUACAAAUCAAAAUGAACAAAUGGAUAAUCAUGAUAUAAAACGACGCAAAACGACGCAAGUAUAA